AUGGAGCUACCGGCUCGCUGCGUGUCGAUGCCGGAGGAACCCAAGCGGAUGAUCGAGAGCGAUGAGUUCGAAGAGGAUGGCCUGUUGCACUUAGAAGGCGCAGAGCAGUUGGUGAGCAAACAACGCAGCAACAUCAGCAACCGCUCGCUUCGCUCGGUGGGAGAGCUUUCGCAACAAACCUCCAGUGCUCAGUGGCAAGAACCCGAACAGGGUGUGAUCAUUGUGGACUGGGAUGAUACCUUAUUUCCGACCUCAUGGCUGUCUGAGAAACAAGAGUUCCGUUACUGGCAGAAACGUUGGUCUUCUUCGGAGAAGAAGAUGCCGGAGUUUUCGCAGGAGGACCUACAGCAACUGGCGGAACUGGACCAAGCGGCACGAUCCUUCGUGACGGCCGCCUCAGCUUUGGGCCAGGUGUGUUGCGUGACUUUGUCGCGACGGCCUUGGCAACAGAAUACCAUGAGCGCCUUUAUGCCAAAGCUUGCAAGCGCGUGGGAAGAAGAAGGAAUUCAGGUCGUGUAUGCGAGCGAGACCUUUGUCAUCUCGCAAGGUGUCAUGGCCACAGAGUGCCGACAUAGUAGCCAGAUGGCUGCGGAGGAACAGGAGACGAUCAUCAUGAACCGCGCCAUGAAAAAGAAGGAGACUGCGAUGAAGCGAGUCAUCAAACACGCCUACGAGGGAAAAAGCUGGAAAAAUGUGGUGAGUAUCGGCGAUGGUGAAGCCGAGUUCAAUGCCAUGAGGGAGAUCUCCUUCAAACAUGUGAACCCGAAGGGCCAUAGAGGUGACCAGAAGUCCUUCCGAAUGAAGGCGGUGCAGAUGCUGGAUUCCCCAUGUUGCAGUGAGUUGAUUACACAACUGCAGAUUCUUCAAGCAUGGCUUCCAGCUCUCAUGCACUUGGACGACGACUUUUUUGUCACCUUGGGCGAUAGCGAAGAGGACAUCAUGGCAAUGCAUCAAAAAUUGCUGGAUCGCCUUGAAGGAGGGAAUUGAGGUCAAGUACCCAAUUAGAGUGCCGGGGUAGGCGGUUCGCCGCCAAAGAUGAACAGAGGACAAUCGCGGCAGCCAAUUGGUGCCCCGGUGAUGUUUGAAGAACCAGUUGGAGCUGCGGCCAAAGUGAGCCAGAUUUGAGCGGUAUAUACUCAGCGAAUGUUUCGCCAACAAUUUGUCAUAUGCUCUUUGAAGAUGUUUCAGUCCAUUAUCUCUUUCAUAUGGACUG